CAUCGCGGCAUUCAGACAGGUCAGCGGUGCGCUGGCAUUCGGUUUUAUCCCGCCCUGCUCCCGUAACAUGUGAUUGGUUGAUACCGCGAAGAAGACAUGAGUUUGGGGGAAGCGUGCAUUUUCUUGCGAGGCGGGAAAAAUAUUUCAAGGGAUCUGGCAGACGACGAGAUAGACGAACUGCGCGAUGCCUUUAAUGAGUUUGACAAGGACAAGGACGGCCUGAUCAGCUGCAAGGACUUGGGUAACCUGAUGAGGACCAUGGGCUACAUGCCCACUGAGAUGGAACUCAUCGAGUUGGGACAAAACAUCAACAUGAACCUUGGUGGCCGCGUGGACUUUGAGGACUUUGUGGAUUUGAUGGCCCCCAAACUUUUGGCGGAAACAGCGGGCAUGAUUGGCGUCAAAGAGCUGAAAAACGCCUUUAAAGAGUUUGAUGCGGACGGCGAUGGCGAGAUCACCACAGAAGAGCUGCGGUCGGCCAUGAUCAAGCUGAUGGGGGAGCACAUGAGCAGGCGGGAGAUCGACGCCAUCGUCAAAGAGGCCGACGACAACGGGGACGGAACGGUAGAUUUUGAAGAGUUUGUCAGGAUGAUGUCGCACCAAUGACCACGCUGGCCGAUGGAGGACGCGCCUUCGCACCUUCACAUUCGCCCACUCCAUUCAACUUUCUAUUUUGUCAUUAUUUAACUUUUUCACCAUUGACGGCAAUAGACAGCCAGUCCAAAUAAGGGCGCUUUCACACUAGAAAUGUUUGGUCCGAACUCAUAGUCUACUUCGUUUUGUAAAAACGUUCGUCCACGUGAUGUUACUCUGAAAGUUCAGUUGGCGCAGUGUGAAUGCUGAACUAUUUUAACAACUCAUUUGCAUCAAGUGUUGCUGUGAGGUAGCUCUCCAACUGGACCCUGGUCCUCUUGGUCUAGUGUGAAAGCGCCCUAGAAGUCUGUCAUGGACAGUGCACAGUGGUCUUGCACAGUGUACUAUAUGUCAGCGACAGACACAGUAAUACUUUAGCCACCAAUGGCAGCGCUGAACAUCCAAUCCAUUUGAACCGAGAGGGUUAGCAGAGAAUGAACAUUCGUUUAUUCGCUGCCCACCCUUCCAGUUCAAAUGUAUUGGAUGUCUGCUUAUUAUUAGCUUAUCAUUAGAGAGAAGUGAGAACGAAAAGUGGUAUUUGGUAUGUGGCAAAAUGGAUUUUGCCAUGUGGCACUUUUUUUUUGCCAUGUAGCAUUUUUUUUGGGGGGGGUAUGUGGGAAAAUGAAUUCAGGUGUGUGGCAUUUUUUUGUAUGUGGCAUAAUGGAUUUUGGCACGUGGCAUUUAUUUUUGUUAUGUAGCAAAAUGGAUUUUGGCAUGCGGCAUUUUUUUGCAACGUGGAAAAAUUAAUUUUGGCAUGCGGCAUUUUUUUGCCACUUGGCAUUUUUUGGGGGGUAUGUGGGAAAAUGAAUUUUGGCAUGUGGCAUUUUUUUUGCCAUGUGGCAGUUUUGUGUGGGUGGCAAAAUGGAUUUUGGCCCAUGGCUUUUUUUGUACUAUGUAGCAAAAUGCAUUUUGGCAUGUCGCAUUUUUUUGUAUGUGGCAAAAUGGAUUUUGGCAUGUGCCAUUUUUUUUUGCCACGUGGCAUUUUUUGGGGGGGUAUGUGGGAAAAUGAAUUUAGGCAUGUGGCAUUUUUUAUGUAUGUGGCAUAAUGGAUUUUGGCAUGUGGCAUUUUUUUUUUUUGUUAUGUAGCAAAAUGGAUUUUGGCAUGCGGCAUUUUUUUUGCCACGUGAAAAAAAAUAUUUUUGGCAUGCGGCAUUUUUUUGCCACGUGGCAUUUUUUGGGGGGGUAUGUGGGAAAAUGAAUUUUGGCAUGUGGCAUUUUUUCGUCAUGUGGGAUUUUUUUAUUGUAGGUGGCAAAAUGGAUUUGGCCUAUGGCUUUUUUUUAUGUAGCAAACUGGAUUUUGGCAUGUGCCAUUUUUUGCUAUGUGGCAAAAUGUAUUUUGGCAUGUGGCAUUUUUGGGGGGUAUGUGGGAAAAUGAAUUUUGGCAUGUGGCAUU